AUGCGUGGGCCUUCUCCAGUACCCGGGAACCUGGCUCUCUUUAUGGGGCCACGUCCAUAUGAUCCCAGCACUACUACUCGGCCUGUCUCGUCCACCUUGGGCUCUUCACCAGUCGUUCCCUCCGCUACUGUUAAGUAUGGUUCUGAUGUUCCUACCCCCCAUCGUAGCGACAGAGUUUGCCUGCGCCUGAAACACUUGGGAAUUUAUGAUACCCAGUUUGCACCCCUUACCAACUCCGACUCCGAGCCUCAAGUAAGUUCUCCUCUUGAUGCCGCACAUUCUCUUUCUUCUUUUGUUUCCUAUGAUAACUUCAAACCUGCUUAUUGCUCGUUUCUUGCUGCAGUGACACUCAUAGACGAACUACACUCUUACCGAGAAGCUUUUGCUGAUCCUCAGUGA